AUGGAAGCGAUGGAGGAGCUUACUGGUCGUGCUGGUAGCAUUUCUCUCGACCCAGCAAAACCCGCUCGGUCAGGACCAAUCCAAGUGCAGCCCGGCCCUUUGUCCUCCCACCUGGACAAGAUCUACGCAUCCUUGACUGCCACCUCGACUGCUGAUUUUAUCAAGGAUGUACAACACGACGAGAUUGCAGGUGACCUUGAGGCCGCAAAUCCCCUCGCGUCCUUAGCAGCAUUCCGUGCAUACAUGGCCAGCCCAGCGUCUGAUGCAUUGUGUCCGGCCAAAGGUCAGGAUUUGUCGGCACCGAUAACAGAUUAUUACAUCUCAUCCAGUCACAACACCUAUUUGACCGGGAAUCAGCUGUACAGCGAUGCUGCAGCGGCCGCAUAUACUAACGUACUUCUGAGUGGUUGUAGAUGUGUUGAAAUCGAUGUGUGGGACGGAUUUGCAGACAGCGUCUCUGGUGACGACACAAGCAGCAGCAGCAGCAGCAGCAAUAAUAGCGAGUCGAGCUCUGAUGAAGAAAAGACUAGCCACGAUAAGGAGCAAGACGUACCACCGGUGGAUGGUAGCGCACAGUCAACCAAGGCACCAUCGCGACACAAGAGCAUCUCGUCCAAAUUGGGAAGCCUGCUGCGACGCAAAUCGUCGCCUGAUGAUGGAGUCACUGAUAAACCUGCAUCGACUGCUGCUGCUGCUGCUGCUGCUGUAGACUCUGUGGCGCAAACCCUACGCUGUCCGGAGCCCCGGGUGCUCCAUGGUCACACGCUGACCAAAGGAACCACGUUCCGCGAUGUUUGCUAUGCGAUUCGCGACAGCGCCUUUGUGGCGAGUGAUCUGCCGGUCAUCGUCAGUUUGGAGGUGCACACAUGCAUCGAGCAGCAGGCGACGAUGGUGGAAAUUAUGGAGGAGGCGUGGAAAGGAAUGUUGAUCGAAAUCACCCCAGAACUUGAAGCUACUCAGGCGCCGCCUCCCCUGGAGACCUUGAAACGCAAGAUUCUCAUUAAGGUCAAAUGGGUCCCAGCGACAGGUGAUGACCAAGGCGAAGCGCAGAAGGACGAGCGGACCGACACGCCCGAUACACCUCCAUCUCUCGAUCAGGACAACCAACAUGCACCACCCAAGAAACCGUCCAAAUUCCUGCACUCCCUGAGCAGGCUAGCGGUUUUUACCAAAGGGUUCUCCUUCCACCAGUUCACUCAGCCAGAGGCCAAAGUACCAGGACAUGUAUUCUCCCUCUCCGAAAGCGCCGUGCGUGAGGCGUACGCGAAAUACCGCGACGCCCUCCUCGAGCACAACCGCCACUUCUUCAUGCGAGUCUACCCAUACGCGCUGCGCGUCAACUCAUCCAACCCAGACCCAACGUUCUUUUGGCACUGCGGCGCCCAGAUCGUCGCCUUGAACUGGCAAAACCUCGACAAGGGCAUGAUGCUCAACCGGGGCAUGUUCACCGGCGAGCCCGGCUGGGUCCUCAAGCCCCAGGGCUACCGCAGCUCCGAUCCCCUUUCCACCCCCAUGAAGCGCCAACAGCUCGACCUCUCCAUCGAGAUCCUCGCAGCGCAGAACCUCCCCUUGCCCCCUGGGGACACCAAGGAGUCCGGCUUCCACCCCUACGUCACCUGCCACCUGCAUGCGGAAUCUCAAGACGAGGAGAACGGCUCGCCCGGGGUCGGCGACAACACCACCGACUCGGAGAAGACGAAUUACGAGCACAGCAUCAAGAGCGCUACAGGCACGAACCCGGAUUUCGGCGCGCAGAUGAUCCAGUUCCCGACUCUGAGGGGUGUCAUUGAGGAGUUGACUUUUGUCAGAUUCAAAAUCAGAGACGACGAGUUCGGCCGAGACUCCCUCGCCGCCUGGGCAUGUCUCAAACUCAGCCGCCUGCAGCAAGGCUAUCGACUGAUCCAUCUCCUUGACUGCUCUGGGGCAGAAACCGGUGCUAUCCUGUUAGUCCGGAUCACCAAGGUACUCUCAUGA